AUGAGUCCGAGUCCGAGUCCGAGUACGGGCCAGAGGUCGGACGCGGACUCGGGCUCGGCCCCUGACUCGGACUCGGGCUCGGUCUUGUCGACAGAGUGGCUGACCAAGCGGUUUGUGGCGGGGGCUAAGAAGGCGGCGGCAGGGCAUGGUGGUGUGUUUAUUCUUCCCAUCGGGGAGCCGGAUGGUCCGGCGGCGCAUGGCGAUCUCAACUCGUUCCGGACAUGCAUCGAGCUGGCAAGGGCUUGGUGCAGAGAGACGCCUGCGCUGUGCGAGCCGUACACUACAGACUGGCUGGUUCACAAGAAUCUGGUCAAGAUAGAUCGUCGGACGCUGAGCAUUGCGUAUGUGGUCGAGAUUGACGCAUCGCAGCACUCGCCACAAGCCCUGGCCGCUACCGUCGAUGCGCUCUACGCGCUCGGCUCAUCAGAGACCCUCAUCGGCGGCUUGCAAGUCGCGUCGGUCUUUGUCACCCUCCGCCGCGACGCCACGGUCAACGUGCCGAAGAAGACCGUGAUCGGCAGGUGCUUUGUUGAGGCGACGCUGACGCUGACCGAACCAGGCGACGUUGUCCGUGGCUUGCCAGCCAUGCGGCUCCCGGGACUGGUCUCGUUCCGCAUCAACCAGGGUAGCCUCGACCUGGCUGCGCAUCUUGCCUCCGCCGGCGUUCUCCCUGCCGAACUUGUUGCGUUUGGCGCAGCCACGGCCGACCAGGCCCGGCUUCUCAUCGAGACGCUCUUCUCGCGAACUGUGGCGUUGCCGUACACGGCGCUGGUUCUCGACGAGACCGUGGGGAUGCCAGUGGCGAGCGACACGGCGUGGGCGGUGCUCUACGAGCGCUACGCCAAGUUCCUCGCAUGGGACCGGAUGCUUGUGGCGCGGAUGCGCCGGCCGACCGCCGCCUUUACCUCCGACUCGGAGCACUACCCGGUCGACGCGCUGUACUACCUCGACCCCGAGUAUGAGCAUAACCGGUACGGCGGUGAUCCGGACCGGCGCGUCAACCACCACUACGCGGCCUGGCACCCGGACGAGGCACCCGAGGCCGCCUUGGGCUGCACUCUCCGGCGUGACGCGCAGUACGACGUGGUGCGGGUGAUGGGCGCAGCUCAGUCGGCGGCCCGCGUGCCGCAAGCCGACGACCCGCCGGUCUGCCUGUGGAGCGACCCGGACUGGAUCGAGAUGAAUGGAACGUGCCAGUCGAUUCUCCUACCCGGCCCGGCGUGCUUCUCAUACUCGGGCGCGGUGGCCACGCUCUACGUUGGGUCGGAGGAGGCCGCCGCCGUCGCCGACUACUACCUGGAGAAGCAGACGCCGCGCAAUCUGUUUGAUUUUGCGCUCCCUGUGAGGCGCUGGUACGUCGAGGUCUCGCCCGAAGUCCUCGCGCGCGGCAGCGCGGUGAGCUCCACCUCGCUCCUCGACAUCCACAACGGGGUGGUGACCUCGCCAUACCACGCCAUCCUCGACGGUUACUUUCCGAUGUGGCUCACUGCAGUCCGUCUUGGCCUCGUCGACGUGGCCCACGGCGAGUUUGUGGGCGACGAGUCUGCGGCCGACUCGAUCCUGCACAUCGAAAUGUGGAACAACUUUGAGGCCGGCGGCGGUGGCUCGAUGCUGCCGGCCACCGACUCACCGGACAAGCAUGGCGACGCUGCGGCCUACGAGCGCAAGUACCGCAAGUCUGUUUUCCCGGCGGCGCCGUUCGGCGGCCUUACCGAGCCGAUCUGGGACUUUGUCCUCGGCCGCGGGCGGUCGGUCGGCUCGGUUCCGGGCGUGCUCGUUGACGGCGUGCCGCGGUACCCGGAGCGGUUGGUGUGCGGGCAAAAGUCGCUGGUGGUCAACUGGGGCGGGGCGCACACCUCGUUUGGCCUUUACGACCACCGGCACGACAACUACGAGAACAACCACGCGUGCGCAGCGACGUGCCCGCCGCGGACGUCACUCCACCGCUGCCGCAACCUCGCGCAGUUCCGCCACUGGUCCAUGAUGCGGGCCGGUGUCGACCCGGGCCGGCUCGCGCCGUGGGCGACGCCGAGUAAGCUCCGCGUCCGAGUCGCCGAGCGGACGUGCGCCAAGUCGCCGAACCGGUGCUUUGCCGGGUCCGCGCAGGGCUUUGUCGACGCGCUGCGAAAGGUGCUCGAGCCCGAGUUUGGCAUCACCGAUGUCGCCGUCAUCGACUUUGGCUCGGGCGACAUUGCUGGCUUCUCGGACGCCAUUCGCAUCGGGAGCGAGAUCGACGUUCUCGUCGGUGUCUCGGGCGCCGCGCUUCUCAACCAGAUCUGGGGUCCAACCAACGGGCUCACCUGGGAGAUGACGGUCGAGCAGCCGCCGGACGAGGUCGGGCAGCACUACUUUUUCAACUGGCACCUGACGCCCGGCAAGUGCCUUGGCCGGCGGCACUCGAACCGCUUCUACAAGGCUGCCAUGGUCUCCUCGCUCGACCUGGACCAGCUCGCCGCCCACGUUGCGUCGGAAGUCCGGGCUCAAAUCGACCGCGAGCUCUCGCCGCUGCAUCGGCCCGAGUACGGCGGCGUGGCCAAGAUCGAGUUUAGUCGAGAGGGUGAUUUAUAUGGCACGCCGCUGCGGACGUGGCAGAUUUGA